AUGUCUCGGCCUUUGAGCCAGACCAGUGCAAAGAUGAAGUCUUCAAAGUCGGCUUCAGAUGCCCAAAAUAAAGCCGUGGUAGCCUUUGGUAGCAACCUUGGAGACCGACUUGCCAACAUCGAGGCUGCGCUCUCCAAGAUGAGAGAAAACGACCUCCGAGUUCUUAAGCUGAGCUCCCUAUAUGAAACCAAACCAAUGUACUACGAUGAUCAGGAUCCUUUUCUGAACGGCGUUUGCCAGAUUGAGACCAGUCUUGCACCGCUACAACUAUUGGAUGUCUUGCAGGCCAUUGAGAAUGAAUUGGGCAGAAAACGGUUGAUUGACAAGGGACCCAGGACGGUUGAUCUUGAUGUCAUCCUCUACAAUCAAGACUAUUUCAAGCACCCUCGGCUCAACAUCCCGCAUAUUCUGAUGCUGGAGAGAGAGUUCGUGCUCAGACCUCUUGCAGACAUAUUGCCUGACGAGCACCUUCCGCCAGACUUCUCACCAAGUACUCGUCAUCGCCGAAUAAGUCAACUAUUAGACGCGCUUCCAGAAAAAGACGCCACCAUGUCUCCGGUCACCGUCUUAAGGCCACAGAUGCCAAUGGUCCGUACUCAUGAUGCCACUCGCAAGACCCAUAUUAUGGCCAUUCUGAACCUAACACCCGACUCUUUUUCCGACGGAGGCGUUCACACAGCCAAAGGUGCUGAGGCUAUAAAGACAACAGUUGCGAAUUUCAUUGCGGCAGGCGCCAGCAUCAUCGACAUUGGUGGACAAAGCACUCGCCCAAAGGCCGAUUAUCUUGGACCUAAGGAGGAGCUCGAACGCAUCCUUCCAGUGAUCCGCAUAAUCAGAGAGAUGAAGGAAGCGGAAAAUAUCGCCCUCAGCAUCGACACCUUUCACUCUGAUGUAGCUCGGCAGACCAUUCUUGCUGGUGCGGACAUCAUCAAUGACGUCUCAGCUGGUCUCCUAGACCCUCAAAUGCUACCAACGGUGGCUGAGUUGGGGAAGACUAUUGUCCUUAUGCAUAUGAGAGGAGAUCCGCACACAAUGACAAAACUCACUGACUAUCCUGACGGGGUUACGAAUGGAGUAGCUCGAGAACUUUACGAGCGCGUUCAGGCUGCCCUCGAAGCCGGGAUUGCCCCGUGGCGAAUCAUCCUCGACCCCGGCUUGGGCUUUGCGAAGGACCAGGAACAGAACCUCGAACUCCUUCGAAGUCUUCAGCAACUACGGGAACAAACACAAUACUCUUCUGUGCUAAGAAAUUUCCCCUGGCUUAUGGGCCCAAGCCGCAAGGGGUUCAUUGGGAAUGUUACCGGCGUGUCGGAGGCUCCCAAGCGGAGCUAUGGGACGGCCGCCGCAGUUACGGCCAGCAUUGAAGGCGGCGCUGAUAUUGUGCGGAUACACGAUGUUGGCGAAAUGGUUCAGGUUACCAAGAUGGCAGAUGCUAUCUAUCGACGGCCCUGA